CAGAGGCUGAGCUGCUGCUGCUACUUACUCCAAGGAGGCCUGAUCUGCCCUGCAACCCGGUGGUCUCUCAGCUGCCAGACUUCAGAACUUGCCUCCUCAUACAAAAGGGGUAUCAAUGGGGCAGAGCUUCUUUCCUGAUAAUCGGGGCCUACGUGUGGCUCAGGUCUGCCUGCUUGCGUUCUGUAUUUUGCUUUGCCUCAAGCCUGGAGGUAAGAAACCCCCUAACUCCUUUUUGAACUCUGUCACAUGUUAGCUGUGUGCGUCGGUGGAGAUUCAGCAGGGACAAUUUCUGAAAGGCAAACGUAGUCCCUGCACUCAGAAUGUUUGGGCAGCUGCUGGGGCUACAUCAGAAUCCAGUUCUGCUGAGAGCAGUAUGCCCUCUUUUUCUUUUUAAAUUUGUUGUACAUUGUCAGGGAGAGGAGCACAACCCACCACCAUCUUUUUGAUCUCCUCAGUGCCUUCUUGAGAUAGUCAUUCCCAAAAGCAGAGGUUCCCUGGCUUUUUGGGUCCACGGCUCCCUUGACCAACUACAUUCUUUCUUGGCUCCCCUGUGAGGAAAUGGGCUCCAAGCCUCAGGAGCCUAGUUAUGCCACCCCUUGGCUGCAGAGCCCACAGCCCUUCACCCCUUUUUGAAGACGCUCCCUUGUGGAGUGUUCCUGCAGCCUCCUCUCUUCUCCCCUCUCCUUGUGAGUCCUCCGGGCAGCCGCCCCCCAUCACUGGGCCACCCCUAUCGCAAAGAGCGUUGCUUCCUCACUUGUCUGUCCAUUCCCAACAGAAAGGAUUAGUGGACUGGCUGGCUGGGCUCCCUCAGACACUUGCUUGCUUACUCUGAGGCCACCUCAGCUCCUGUCAACCAGCACCCCAUGGUCAGCCCCAGAGGCACCAUAUGCCUUGGGAGCUUGUAGCCAGGGCUGCUACAACAUAUAGCCUUUGGGAGGCAGAGAUUCAAGAGGGCAUCAGAAGAGGGAGGGAAGGAAAGAGGGAUGGAGGCUAGUGUUGCCCACAGCUCGCCCCCCAACCAUCAUUCAAGGCACCCCAAAGGUGCCAUGACACACUGGUUGAAAACCACUGAACUAGAGUGACUCCACAUUGGAGGGAGUUUUGGUGUCAGACUCUUUCAGCAGCUGGAUGGAUGUCACUUUGGGGUGGGAGAGCAAAGAUGCCUCCUACCAUGGGCCCCUAAGAGAAGUGUUAGAGCCCGUGUCUUCCAUGAAGAAAACCCCAGGUUACCCCCCCCCCACCAGGCAUCUUGAGACUCUGGGGACAAAACUGUGGGAAAUGGAGAGAGCUUGACUUGGUGUUAGAGAGCUCCCUAUGUUUGAGGAGGUGAGUCAUUCUGUCCUCUCAUGAUAUAAGAAUUUUUUUCAUUUGUGUGUGAAGAUAUAGGCUUGUAUCCAAUGUAUCUUAAUCAAUAUUAUUAAGAGGGGAGGGCCUGGGGUUUCACCAGCACUAUGCUUUGCAGUGCAGCAGCUUCCCAUUAGGAAAGAAAACCGUUAAAAAGGGGGGGUGGUAGGAUUAGCAGGGCCUGUGUGCAAGACCCAAGAUUUGCAGCCCUUGGCCCAUCCCUUAACAAAGCCCCUGAUUGAAUGAGCUUUACAGUAAGGACAGUGUUUGCACGGAUAAAUGUCUGUCUUUUGCAGUGGAUGCUAUCGAAUGCAGAUCAUGCAUUUCAAAUAAUCCGGACGAACCAUGUGAACCGAGUGAUAGGAAGUGUACCGGAGUCAUUUGUGUAUUGGGAGAAAUAUUUUCAGGUAAUGAGUCUGUCCCAGCUAUAGUCCUCCUUUGUGUAUGCUGGACUAGGAUGACUGGAAGUAGAGGAGGGUCACGGACUCCUGACUUUUCAGUGGUGGUAAGCGCUCAAGAGGAGCCCCGUUGGAUCAGACCAGAAGAUCCGUCAAAGAUGUGGAGUAAACUUUGUCCUUUUAAAUGUAUUCUCUUUUGCUAUGGGAAAAUUCAGUCACAUUCUCUCCAUACUUGUUAUUAACACAAAUACUUCUCUUUCUCUCUCCAAAAGAAAAUGGAGACAAGGUUCAAUACUUCAAAGAAUGUGGCAGUGAAGAAUCAAAGGAGCUUUGUGGAAAGGAAUACACAUUGGAAAAAAGAGAGAAAAUAACAUGCUGCGAAACUGACUUAUGUAAUGCAUGAUUUUCCUAUUGUUUUCCUAGAUUGUUCCAAUCUGUCCAGCACCCUCAUGCCACCACAAUUCAAAUAACAGACAAAAGCCCUCUGCAGACUUUCUGAUGCAGACCUACUGGGGGGAGCCAAACCCACAGUCUCCACCCCAAUCAUCCUCACCUCCCUCCACAAAUUGGAGCCUGGCUGUGUGAUGUGGGCAGUCUUCUGUAUUUGUGGAGGGUUCCCACCAGUGCUUUUCUUCAGCAUGCCAGAGUGCAGUUCCAGCACCUCUCAGGUGGGCGCCAUUUUGGUCCCACUUCUUCCCUUCAUGUACCCAAAACAAAGCCCAAAGCAAACAUUUCAAGUCAAAACAGAAGCUGGUCAGUGUGUGAGAGUCCACACCGCUUUUUUCUUGUUUACAUCUAUGACUCCACCUAGCUCUUAGCUGUAAUUGGUCAACCUAUGGGGUGAGGCCAAUUCGUAUUUCCUUUGCUUCAACCCAUUUCCCAUGUAGACAGGCUUGAAGCUUUCCAGUCAGGCCUCUACUGUUGCAUGUGUGUGCCUUUGUGCAACAGCCCUUCCAAGCUGCCCUAGCCAUCACCUAAGUCUAAGAGGAGGUGAGGAUGCAUUUAAUUGACUUGCACCAGAACCAGGGGCACUAGCAUCUAUUCAGGGCUGCCCCAAGUCGCCCAGCAACUUGCUGUAACAACUUCUUGGUGAGUUCCGGCAUCUGUUUUCAGCACUGGUUCCCACACAUUUUUGACAGUGAUUUCCCAGAGUCCAAAAUGCAUGGGGAGCCUCCAUGAGGACAGGAGAUUUCUCCCCCUUGCUUGGCAUCAGAACAACUGGCUAAGCAUUGUUGUGAAUCAAAUGCUCAUCAGUUCAACUGCUUUGCUCCUCCUCUGUGCACUCGUGUGUGUGUCUUCAUUUAUGUAUGCUUUCAUUGUUUUAUUAUUAGGAAAAUAAUGUCCCCUAAGUGCAUAAUUGUCUGGGGGACUGGGGUGGGUUGUGGCGUACUGUGAUUAUUAAUAUUACACAUAUGGAAGCAAUAGGAUGAAUAAAAUCUGACUCUUCUGGAAAUAAAAAGUGUCCAGUCUAAAA